AAAUCCCACUUUUGGUUGUUUGAUAUCAAGGAGAGCAGCAAGCAGAAGGCUUUCAGGUGGUUACCAUAGCAACUCGUACGAUUGUUAUUUCUGUUCGCAUAUCGGUCGCCAUUACCUCCAAACCGUUCUUAGCUAUUCGUCGCUUCACCAUGUUCUGGGGAUUUUCGGAGGCUCUUAAUUUCGUCGAGGAAUAUCAAAAACACCUACCAAAGGAUGGAGAAUUACCGGCAUCGUUGAAUAUAUUGCUAUUUGGCAGCGGUGAUCCACGGCACGUGUUGGCGACGGCAUCGAAGCUCUUCCAGAACCCACAGCUUACUGUGCACCUUUACCUCGUCGAAGGCUGCAUCGAACUGAUCGCCCGGCAUAUGCUGCUCGUAGCGGUGGCCUUUGAAAAUCCAACGCAACUGUCCGUGAGAGGAAAAACGGACCUCUUCCUGGAUCUGUUCGGUAAUACACUGAUCCGUCCGUUUAGCAGUGCAUAUUUGAACAGUAAGGCCCGCGUGCUGACCAACAUCGUGACCGAUCCGGACUAUGCGGAACGGUAUGCACCGAUCUUCGACCUGGAAGCACUCAAGUACAAGGAGCGUGAUCAGCUGGAAAACGUUUUCCAUUUCUGGCAAAACGACGAAAAGCAUGUUUUCAACAUCGCCCGCUACUGGGAUGAUCGUUUGCGGGCGCAGCUAGGCGAACGUUAUGACCACCGGGAUGGUGCCUUCGAUUGGGAUCUGCAGAUGCGCCUUCGUGAGAACGGUGCCAAGCAGAUUUGCCCUCAGGAGUACAAACAUUGGCGUAAAACCGGCGUAGCGUUCGUGUUUCCUGAGUACGAACAGAGUGAUCCCAAUCGAACGUUCACGGUUGGUUUGGUGCGCAACGGUAGCACGUAUCAGCAUCGUGGCUCCGUGGGAGAUAAUACAACUGGACCGUACAUCUCGUUUGGCCAACGAUGCCCCGAAGAACGUUUAAUGCGCUCGAAGCACGGAGUAAACGAUUUCCGCUCGACGGACAUUACGGAGCGUAAUGUGCAUCAAAUUGUGUACGAGCUAGAGGCCCGGGAACCGUAUCAUUUCGAUCCGCGAGACAUUCAUCAGUUUGGUGCUCAUCAGUUGGACAUGGGCAAGGCUCUGAAUGCGCAUGAUACGCGUGUGGAACAACCACGUGCUGUGCGGUACGAGGAAAGCCCGUUGCUCGAAUGUACCAACUUCAAGCUACACUUUCUCUCCGUCGAAGAUGUGCUGCACCUGCAGGAGGGUUCCCGGUUCCGCAACCAUUUCGAUGCCGUCUUUGUAGCCUACAACUAUUUCUCGUUUCUGAAGGAUGGUUUCGCGCGCACUUGGAACGAUGAGGGCUGCUUGCUAUGCCUCGAAACACGGCAGCUGACCACGUCCAGCAAGGAGGAAAUCACUGCACACACGGAAUCGAUUAAAACGUGGGCCAAACGGAACUCGCUGCAACCGAUAACGAACUUUGCGAUCAACAAGCCACAUUCGACACUGCGCUACAAGCACCAACAAUCAGCAACAGGCGCAAUGGAAGAGUGUAUUUAAGUGUAAUUAUGGUACAUUUGAAAUCAAACAAAGAGGAGGAAUAAAGCGCUUCUUACGCCACGACCUACGAAGUGGCGAUCUCUUUCAAUGGGCCCUCGAGAUAGCUGGCCAGAGCUUGUGCCUUCUGCUUGAGUAUUCCCAGUCCCACGGUGUCGCGCGCGUAGAGGCAAA